CGUAUUCCUCCAUUCGAUUCAGUCGUACGUGUUCGUUCGUUGCUUUCGUUCGGUUUUGAUUCCAUUCGGUUGUGUUUCUCGUUCGAGAACAUUCAUUUAUAAUUUUUUACUCCUCUGCACCGGUUUUUGUGUUGUAUAUAUACUUCUAUAUAUGUAUAUUCAGUUACGAAUUUGUUGUGUUCUCGGUUUUUUACCUAAAACUAAAAGCUAACAACUAAAAAACUAGAAACUAAAAAAGCAAUAAAAAACGAAAAAAACACCGUGCAAUUCCCGGGACUCGACUUCGAUAAUCGUGCAAUAUUAUAGAACACUUGGGAAAAGUCGAGUAGAGUUGCAAUCGCUAGCACAUACACACAGACCCUAGUCAAAUCCCCAAUUCUUUUGCAUUUUUUUGCGAGUGUGUGCCUCGAGUGUCUGACUAUCAACUACUACGCGAGAUUCAUCAGAUCCCCCAAUCGUCGGCGAUAUAUAUAUAUAUACUAUAUAGCCAGGAAAUCGUUGGACAAAGGAGCGUGCAGGCCAAAAAAGGAGAGAGAGAGAGAGAGCGAGCGAGCGAGUCGACGCGAAUGAAAGUUUUUUUGUGCAAUCAAUAUACAUCUAUUAUAUAGUCAGUCCCCCCGCCCCACAAAACUCACUGUAUGACAGUGCUACUUCUCGACCGCACCUCGCUCCCAGAACUUCUUGAUUUCGUCUCGCCAACAAAGCACGUAAGUGAUUGAGUGAAAACGAGCGAGCAAUCGAACAGCCAUCAUUUAUCAGAGAAAAGACACGGAUCACCGGCAAAAAAGGAAGAUUUUUAAACUGAAGAGGAAAAAGCUAAGAAACGAGGCAAAAGAAAAUAGGAGAAGUAAAGGAGAAGUAAACCAAAACCAAACACCACCAAAUAAAACCAACUACUAUAAAUUUAAAGCAAACAUAAACGAAUAAUCAUAUUCAAGCGGUAUAUAUAUAUACAAGAGGAUAACGGAUAACACAACUAACUAUAUAUAUAUACGAUAUAUGAAUGUAUAUUUGAAAACCAAAGCUAAGUUCCAGUCAAAGAGAAAAACCAAAAACCAAAAACCAGCGCAAAUUUAGUAAAAGUAUAAAGUAAAAGGGAAAAAACCAAAUUAUUGCUAUCUUUUUGCAUUUUUGCAAUUUUAUAAAAAAUAACAAAGAAAACGAAAAAGAAAAACCAAAAAACUACAACUAAAGAUCAUAAUAAACUUUAACAUUCGGAGAAGCAAAAACGAAAAAGAACAAGUAAACACAUUUAGCAAAAUUUACUCUUUUAUCUAAACGAAAAACCAAAAAACACAAAUCAAAGUAAACCUAAUUCAAGCAUAAAUAAAAUUUUAAACGUUUUAGACAGAGAACGCUCUAAACUUAACUUAAAAAGCAAAUACAUUUUUUUCGCGAUCGUAGUUGAUCUAAAAACCCCCUCAAACCCAAAGUAAAUCCAAAUAAAAUCGGCGGGAAGAGAAACGAGCAGUUGUGCAAAGCGCAGAAAAUCGCCGAUCAGAGAAGAAUAAUUUAUAAGCGAAAACCAACCAACCAAGCAGUGAGAUUAACUACUAACCGAAAGGACUAAAUCAGGACUAGAGGACAGGAUCAGAAUCGGAAUCAGAAUCAGGAUGACCAACGCCAUGGACAUAGUGAAGAACGGCAGUGCCAAUGGCUCCGUCGAUGGCAGCAAUGAUGAGUCGCGCACCAAUUUGAUCGUCAACUAUCUGCCGCAAACCAUGACGCAGGAGGAGAUGCGAUCGCUCUUCUCCAGCAUCGGUGAGCUCGAGAGUUGCAAACUGGUGCGUGAUAAAGUCUCAGGUAAUUUGGUCUUGCCAGCAUCGUUGACCGCUCUCAACCCGGCACUGCAGCAAGGUCAGAGUCUGGGCUAUGGCUUUGUUAAUUACGUAAGGGCCGAGGAUGCUGAGAAGGCUGUGAACACCCUGAACGGUCUGCGUUUGCAGAAUAAGGUUAUUAAAGUAUCAUACGCCCGUCCAAGCUCAGAAUCUAUUAAGGGUGCUAAUUUAUAUGUAUCGGGUCUUCCGAAAAAUCUAUCACAACCAGACUUGGAGGGGAUGUUUGCUUCGUUCGGCAAAAUAAUUACAUCUCGUAUACUCUGUGAUAAUAUUUCUGGUCUAUCGAAGGGCGUCGGUUUUAUCCGUUUCGAUCAGCGCAACGAAGCCGAGCGAGCCAUCCAGGAGCUGAAUGGCAAGACCCCGAAGGGCUAUGCCGAACCGAUUACCGUUAAGUUUGCCAAUAAUCCGAGCAAUAGCGCCAAGGCCCAGAUCGCCCCGCCCCUCACCGCCUACCUAACUCCCCAGGCGGCAGCGGCCACCCGGCGUUUGGCCGGAGCUCUGCCCUCCGCCGGUCGCAUAAGGUACUCACCGCUGGCUGGCGACCUCUUGGCCAACUCGAUCUUGCCCGGAAACGCAAUGACCGGCUCGGGAUGGUGUAUAUUCGUCUACAAUUUGGCCCCGGAGACCGAGGAGAACGUGCUGUGGCAGCUGUUCGGUCCCUUCGGGGCCGUUCAGUCGGUGAAGGUGAUCCGCGAUCUGCAGACCAGCAAGUGCAAGGGCUUCGGAUUCGUCACCAUGACCAACUACGACGAGGCCGUGGUGGCCAUCCAGUCGCUGAACGGCUACACCCUGGGCAAUCGGGUGCUCCAGGUCAGCUUUAAGACUAACAAGACCAAAACCACUUAGGCGAACCCGCCAAUCUGGACUAGACCUCUCCAAUACUCCACGAUCUGUUUGAUUUGACGACACCUAGACACCUAGACUAUAGAUUGAUCUGAUCUUAUAUGAUAUGAUGCGAUAUGAUAUGGGACAAUAGUCGAAAUUGCGAAUAUUAGCGCGAGUUAUGAUGUGUCUAUCAUUUGAUUUGUACGCUAAACGAAAUUAUUAUGAUUGUAAUUCUAAUGAAAUCUUAGUGAAAAUUGAUUUAUUUCCAUCUGUAUAAUUUAAUUUAAUUAUCUAAACCAAGAAACAAAUAACAAAAAACGAAAAAAAAAAACAAAGCUUGAAUGAGGCAACCAAAAAACACAACACAGAAACUAAGGCAAACUUUAGAAAAAGGAAGAUGUGCAAGACAAAUGUCUAUAAAUUGACAAAUGAGUAAAAAAUGAGAGGGAAUAAGAAGUAAAAAUAAAAGAAAAGAAAAAACGAAAAACGAUAAAUAAAAAACCGCAAAAAUAUGAAUAACAAACGAAAAUGAUCUAAGUCGCAAUAUAUAGUAACUAUUUUUUUUUAACACUUAUGUAUAUGUAAUUCAAUUCGAUUAUAUUCAAUUAAACAAAGUAUUUAAACAAGCUAACCAAA